AUGGAUGCAUGGACCUGUAACAACUCAGAUGGUUCCCCCAUCUCCUUUUAUCUGAUGGGCAUCCCCUCCCUCUCAAAGUCUCUCUUCCUCCCUAUCUUUUUCAUCUUCCUUAUCCUCUAUCUCAUUGUCAUCGCUGGUAACUUCCUGAUCCUAGUGGCUGUGAUGAGUGACUCCAACCUUCACAAGCCCAUGUACUUCUUCCUGACCAACCUCUCAGUCUUGGAUAUCCUCUUUACUACAACCACCAUCCCCAAGAUGCUCUCCCUCUAUUUGUUAGGUGACCGAAUCCUCUCCUUUCCAGCUUGCUUCCUACAAAUGUACUUCUUCCAUAGCUUUUCUUGCUCUGAGGCCUUUAUGCUGGUGGUCAUGGCCUAUGACCGCUAUGAAGCUAUCUGUCACCCAUUGCACUAUACAGUCCGCAUGACCCCACAGGUCAAUGCUGGGCUGGCAGCAAGUGCCUGGUUAGCUGCCCUCCUGCUGCCCAUCCCAGCUGUGGUCCAAUCAUCCCAGAUGGCCUUUGGUACGCUAGUCCAGGUCUUGCACUGUUUCUGUGACCAUCUGGCAGUGGUUCAGGCCUCUUGCUCAGACCCCACUUUCCAGACAUUCCUGGGUUUCUGCUGUGCCAUGGCUGUCUCCUUCACACCCCUGCUACUGGUGGUCCUAUCCUAUGCUCGAAUCCUUAUCUCCAUCCUGAAGAUCAGCUCAAAGGAAGGUCGGGCAAAGGCCUUCUCCACAUGCACAUCUCAUCUCCUUGUUGUUGGUACCUACUACACAUCUAUUAUUGUGUCAUAUGUGGUCUACAGAGCAAACCUUCCUGUAGACUUCCACAUAAUGGGGAAUGUGGUGCAUUCCAUUUUCACACCUAUAGUGAACCCCCUCAUCUAUACCCUGAGGAACAAGGAUGUCAAAGCAGCCAUCACCAAAUUCAUGAGCCUUUGGAGCAGAGGUUACCCUUGA